AUGGUGUGUAUCGAAAACUUCUUGACCCCUAAACAAACGUCGCAACUUUUGAACCAAGCGAAGAAGUUACUUGCACAAUGCGACUUAUCCAACCACCCCAAGACAACAUUCAAGACUUCAGACGAUGACCAUAUUGGGGAUCGAUACUUUUACGAAUCGGCUGACAAGAUAUCUUAUUUUUUUGACACUGAUGCUUUUGAUGUAGAUGGUAAUUUGACAAUUGAACUUUCGAAAGCAAUAAAUAAAAUUGGCCAUGGUCUUCAUAUUGACGACCCAUUGUUUGAAGAAAUCACCUUUGAUGAUAAAGUGAAAGCAAUCGCUCGGGACUUGAAGUUUGUUGAGCCACAAGUUUUACAAAGUAUGUGUAUUUUCAAACAGCCGGUAGAUAACAAAAGCACUGAACGUGAUAAUGCAGUUCCACCACAUAAUGAUGCCACUUUCCUAUUCACAGAUCCACAGACUGCUAUUGGGUUCUGGAUUGCUUUGGAAGACUGCACUGAGGAAAAUGGCUGUUUAUCGUAUAUACCAGGCACACACAAGACAUACCCAGUAUCGAAAAGGUUUGUGAGGAAAGAUGGCCUAAACCUGGGAUGCACAUUUGAACAAUUACAAAAAGAUAAACCAGUGGAAGGAAAGUACAAAUUGGUACCAUGCGAAGCAGGAUCUUUGAUAUUGAUUCACAAUUCUGUUCUUCAUAAACUGGAAAAGAACAAGAGCGACAAGUCCAGAUACGCUUAUGCGUUCCAUGUUAUUGAUGGAGUUGCCAAGUAUGAUGAGAAAAACUGGUUGCAAGUGCCUUAUGAAGGUGGGUCAAACUUCCUGAGAUUGUAUUAG